AUGCCAUCGGACUCAAAGCUCCCAACUUCAGGCCGAACGUUGGCCAUCUUCGGCGCAACCGGCCGCACCGGGAGCGAAACACUGAAAGCCCUUCUUUCCAAGCCAACAAAUCCCUUUUCUCACAUGAAAAUCUUUGUCCGUUCUCGCGAAAAGCUUAUCAAAACCUUUCCACAAUUCAAGACGGACGACAAUGUCGACAUCAUCGAGGCCCAGGUCACCGACGAGACCCGCGUGAAAGCCUGCCUCGACGGCGCCGACACCGUCAUCUGCGCGCUGGGCGAGAACGACAACAAACCCACUGUCCGUGUUCUGCAAGAUGCAACAAAGACAAUCGUCGCGGCGUUGAAGCAGCUGCAAAAGGAGAGAGGAGCGGAGUGGACGAAGCCGUGGUUCAUUCUGCUUUCGUCCGCGACGUGGAACGAGCGAUUCGAAGAGAAGUCGCCGAGACUCGUGAGGUGGAUGAUAAAGAAUGCCUUUUAUUAUCCCUACGCGGAUCUCUUGAAGGCACAUGCUUGCUUGCAGGCUGAGCCGGACCUGUUGCUACUGUUAUUGGUGCAGCCACCCGCUAUUAUUGACGAAGAGGCCAGCGGUUACACCAUUAGCACUGAGUCCGUGGGUCUGGCUUGCUCGUACCCGGAUCUGGGUGCGGCAUUCGCAGAGUUGGCCACGGAGGAAGCGUACAAGGAAACCGGCGCCGUCGGUGUCACGUCGGAAUUAGCGAAGGAAGGCUUCUCGAGAUACGGGCCUGAGAUUCUACCACGAGUCAUCUUUGGAUUGAUGGCUAGUUUCAUUCCAGGAGCUUGGAGGUUUAUUCCAAGUGUGUGA